AGUCACACUGCCGCCGUAUGAAUACUGGCUCGGAGAGACUCUCAGAAAGACUGGGAAAUAGUCUGAGGGAGAGCGUGGAUAGCGAUGAGAGAGAGUGAUAGUGUUUCACUCGUUGUGUUUCAAUGAGGCAAACGGGAACGUGUUAAUAUGCAUGAGGGGAAGAGUAACUGUGUGAAGGAAACAGAAAGAGUGUGUUUGGCGAGUGGGAGUGGACCGAAUUGAAUUGUAGAUUGAGGGACUUCUUUCCAUUCCCGCCCUCUUUUAUUUAUCUCCUACUGAACCACGCCUCCUUCUUUUAACCUCUCAGUGUGUCUAUAUCAGGGGACCAGCUAUGAGAGCCCACUCGCACGGCUGGCAAAGGGGGAGCCGAGUCAUAGGUGGUCUGGUGUGGACUGAACAGGUGACGAAUCAUCACGCUCAACUCCUCUAGUUGCUUUGUUGCUUGGGAAGGAUUCCUGUGUCGCUUCAGAGGAGGUGGGCAUCAGUGAGGUUGAGAAGAGUAUACAGUACUAUAACUUUCUUGGGAGGUAAAGACUGGAAGGGAUAAAGCCAUGGCAGUGGGGUGGAGACCAGCCACCCUUCUCCUUGUCAUCAUCCUCACAUUCCUCUGGCCCUCGGAUGGAACCAUGUACCUCUCGGGCAAGAAGCUGAGGUCACGUCUUCAGAGGGACCGCCGCAAUGUUCGCCCAAACAUCAUUCUAAUCCUUACUGACGAUCAGGACAUUGAACUUGGCUCCAUGCAGGCCAUGAACAAAACAAGGCGUAUAAUGAUGCAAGCCGGCACCCAUUUCUCCAAUGCGUUUGCCACCACUCCUAUGUGCUGCCCUUCUCGAUCCACAAUACUGACAGGGAAAUAUGUGCACAACCAUCAUACCUACACCAACAAUGAGAACUGCUCCUCUCCAUCCUGGCAGGCCCACCAUGAACCCCAUACUUUUGCAGUCCACCUAAACAGUUCAGGCUACAGGACAGCCUUUUUUGGAAAGUACCUCAAUGAGUAUAACGGCUCAUACGUUCCUCCUGGUUGGAAAGAAUGGGUAGCACUGGUGAAGAACUCUCGGUUCUACAACUACACUCUAUGUCGAAAUGGUAUCCUGGAAAAGCAUGGAACAGAAUACCCGAAGGAUUAUCUUACUGAUUUGAUCACGAACAACAGCAUCCACUACUUUCGUGUGUCUAAAAGGAUGUACCCACACAGGCCUGUCCUGAUGGUAUUGAGUCAUGCUGCCCCCCAUGGCCCGGAGGACGCAGCCCCUCAAUACAGCAAUGCCUUUCCCAAUGCAUCUCAACAUAUAACUCCAAGCUACAACCACGCCCCCAACCCAGACAAGCACUGGAUUAUGCGUUACACUGGGCCCAUGAAACCUGUGCAUAUGCAGUUCACCAAUAUGUUACAGAGGAGAAGGCUGCAGACCUUGCUCUCAGUGGAUGACAGCGUUGAAAAGCUGUACAACAUGUUGGUAGAAACCGGAGAGCUGGACAACACCUACAUCAUCUACAUGUCUGACCACGGCUAUCACAUUGGCCAGUUUGGACUUGUGAAGGGCAAAUCAAUGCCGUAUGAAUUUGACAUCCGAAUCCCAUUCUAUCUCAGAGGACCCAAUGUGGAAGCAGGUGCCAUUAAUCCACAUGUAGUACUAAACAUUGACCUGGCUCCUACCCUGCUUGACAUGGCUGGAAUAGAUAUACCAAUGGACAUGGAUGGCAAGUCUAUUCUCAAGCUACUAGACACAGAAAAACCGGUCAACAGUUUCACCAGGUUUCAUUUCCAAAAGAAGGGGAAAGUGUGGCGGGAUUCUUUCCUAGUAGAGAGGGGGAAGCCCCUGCAUAAACUAGCAGAUGGCGAAGAGGUGGAACAGAAUACCCUGCCAAAAUACAAGCGGGUCAGAGAACUGUGUCAAAGAGCCGAGUACCAGACUCCAUGUGAGCAACAUGGCCAGAAGUGGCAGUGUAUUGAGGAUUCCACCGGCAUGCCAAGGCUCUAUAAGUGUAAAGGGAUGGCAGGUCUCUAUACUCCUCGUGCUCUCGGUCUGAUGGCUUCUAGUAGGGCACAGGUCAAUGGAGCUCCCUCAAGAUCAACCAACUGUGAUUGUGAACCCGCUGUGCCUCUCAAGAAGAAUAAGGCGCUCACCAAAAAGACUGCACAGUUGAAGUCAAAGAAGAGCGUGCCACGGAAUCGCAGGGCCCGGUCGGCGCCAUAUGACCUGGACUCAGAUGUUUUCACUCUGGACCUGGAGAAGGGCUACCAGGCUCUCAACCUGAACAACACCAGGCUCAUACUCGGCAGAAAGCAAGCUGUGUAUUUAGAAAAUGAAGAGUUUAGUGGAAUGGGUCCUGCAGACACUAAUUUCAACAGUCUAACGCCAUCUGCUGCUGCUCUUAAAGUCACCUACAGAUGCUCAAUACUGAUGAAUGAUACAGUAAGGUGUGAUGGUGGAUUAUACAAAUCUCUACAGGCAUGGAAAGAUCACAAACUACACAUUGAGCAUGAGAUUGAGACACUGCAGACCAAAAUAAAGAACCUAAGAGAGGUCAGAGGGCAUCUAAAGCAGGUUCGCCCGAAAGAGUGUGAUUGCAACCAAAAUAUGUUUCAGCCCCCUAACAGAAAUCUGCUCAAACUAAAAUCAGGCCGGAUACAUUCUCUCAAAAUGGCCUCCAAAGAUAAGAAACAGUGGCUGAUGAAAGACCAGAAACGCAGGAAGAAGUUGAGGAAGUUCCUUAAACGACUCCGUAAUAAUGACACAUGUAGCAUGCCUGGGCUCACCUGCUUUACCCAUGACAACCAGCACUGGCACACCGCCCCCUUCUGGACAAUGGGGACAUUCUGUGCUUGCACAAGUGCCAACAACAAUACUUACUGGUGUCUAAGGACCAUAAAUGACACUCACAACUUCCUGUUUUGUGAGUUUGCCACUGGCUUCCUAGAGUAUUUUGAUCUCAACACAGAUCCUUAUCAGCUGAUGAAUGCAGUGAGCACGCUCGAUCGUGACGCAGUCAAUCACAUGCAUCAGCAACUCAUGAAACUGCGUAGCUGCAAAGGUCACAAAGAGUGCAAUCCGGAGACAGGUGGUAAGGAAAGAAGCUUACUCUACGAUUAUAGGCCCCUUCAACGUCGAAAGAGGCCAAAAGUGAAGAAAGCCUCCUCCAAAUCAAUGGGUCAAAUUUGGGAAGGAUGGGUAGGUUAGAUUUGUCUCGGUUCUCCGUCCCAAAGAGUGUACAGAGGAGUGGAGUGUGAAUUUAUGAACUCCUGACUUGAGGACAGUGAGCACACGGCCAUCUCUAGUAAAGUGUGGAUUCAAAGAGAGUCAUCUUAUUGCUUCUCUGUUUUAACGCAGCUUUGUUUCCAUCCUUUUUUCUACUAUUAUGGACUUUUUUGACAAAUAUCUUGGUUUGACGGACACUUUAUGGAUGUUAAUGAGCCACUUAGUAUGAGGCUGGACGCCUAACAUUUUGUGGCUAAGAUCAAUCACCAUUAUUUCACAAGAAAUAUAUUAUCACUGGGAUAUAAACACUUCACAUUAUGAUGUUAUUAUAUGUUUUUCAUUGAUGUGUCUUCAAUAAACACACUACACUCUUAUCAGUUCUGUAAGACUAUGAUGUGCUAUGAUUCUGUGCUAAAUGAUAAGCCAGCGCGCUCUGACUUCUCUGCUCCUGUGGAUGUUUUAAAAGUGGACAAGAGACCCUUCAUGAUACUUCACUCUUAUUGUAAUAUACAAUGUGAAUAUCAUCUGCAACCUUAUAUUCAUUGAAUUGUUGUUUAUUUGAAAUAUGGUGCUGCAGUAACACUUGGGACAUAAUGCUGCACAGUAUGUAUUUUAAUGUAUGUGCAAUUGAUGUAAAUAUUGGAAUAUUUUUACCAGACUGAACAUACGGGAGUUUCUCUUCCUGACUGUCGACAAAGUAUGAAGGUAGAGUACCCUCAGUCUAACCAAUGUUUUAAGUUUAUUUGAAUGCAGUUAUAAAUAACAUACUAAAUGGUGUUGCAGUAACAAUGUGUUAUAAUAGUCUGAAAUUUCUGUGUAAUUGUCACAUGAACCAAUUCCUGUUUGUUUUCCUUUCCCCCGAAAUUUGGAAAGAAAUGAAUGUACAGUAGGCAUAGUGGUAAAUAAAGUGUUCAAUACUG